AUGGCCGAGUAUGAAGCUUGCAUCUACGGGAUUGAAGCAACUAUUGACUUAAGAAUUAAAUUUCUGAAGGUGUAUAGGGACUCCGCUCUGGUUAUCAGCCAAACCAAAGGAGAAUGGGAGAUAAGGAACCCAUAUUUGAUUCCAUAUCGGGAGCGUGUAUUGAAGUUGAUUCCAUAUUUUGAGAAGAUCAUGUUUGACCAUAUCCCGAGGGAAGAGAACCAAUUAGCAUAUGCAUUGGCUACUCUAGCAUCCAUGUUUAAGGUUAAAUGGGUGAACGAUCCCCCCUUCAUCAGCAUUAUGAGGUUGGAUAAGCCAGCAUUUUGCUAUGCUAAUAAUGAAGUGCAAGAUGAUAAGCCUUGGUUUUAUUAUAUCAAAAUAUACCUCGAGAAACAAGAGUACCUUGAGGGUGCAUCUAUCCCAUAUAAGAAAACACUGAGGAAGUUGUUUUCCAGGUUUUUCUUGAGUGGGGAUGUGCUGUAUAAGAGGAAUCAUGAUUCUGUUCUGCUCAUAUGCGUGGAUAGACAUGAAGCAGAAAGAAUUACUGAGGAGAUUCAUGAAGGUUCAUUUUGA